UAAAAAGUUGCGUGUUUCUAAUCGCGAUUCGGGUUUCAGACGACGAUGGACCAUGAGGUCGACCCGGGCGUGGCCGUGACCCCGACGUCGCCAAUGGCCGUGCAUCCGACCGACAGGCCAUCGAGCGCCGUGGCCUCGACUGGCGCUGGCAGCCGGCGCGACCUCUUUCGGACCUUGUCGUCGCCGCUGUCGCUCUUGUUUCCGGCUGGCGUCGUGCCACCGCCCAACAGCCCCGUGGCAUCGACCCAGACUUCGCCGACCGACGACGUUGGCGAUGCUGCAUCUCUCUUGCGAGACCACGAAGACGUGCCGGAGCCGCUGCGCGCAGCGAACGCCGGCGACGAGUCGUCGUCCGACGAGCAGCUGCGGUCCGAGAUGCGGCAGCUCUUCCGGCGCUUCCAGAACGUGCUGCCCUUCUCGAUCUUGCUGCUCUUGUACCUCUCGUACCAGCACACGAAGGGCAUUGCCGGCUUUGUCAUUGGCACGAUCGCGAUAAUUACGCUCGACAUUCGGUUCCGCGAGCAAGUCGCGCUCAAAGACAAGUCGAGCGUCUGCUCGCUUCUAGGCAUCAUCCUCGUGUGCCUCAUUGACCUCUUCGCGAUCGCGUCCCUCAACGGCGACAUCACGCCAAACGACACGUUCCUCAAAAAGCUCGACGACACCCAAGCGGGCAGCCUCGGCGACGUGCUCUGGGCCGUCAUGGCCAACGACUACAUCUUGCGCUUCACGGGCAUGACGUGCAAGGCCCUCGUGGCGGUCACCAAGCUCGAGAAGAUCGCGCCAGUCUGCGGCCGCGGCCCCACCGUCAACGUCGCCUCCAUGUACCGGCGCAAGCGGAAACUCUACGCGCUCAUUGAGUUCACCACGCUCUUUCUCCGCACGAUGGUCGCGGCCAUUCCAUGGUGCUCCUACUACCAGUCGUGCGCCUCGAAAGUCGUGGCCGACGUCUUUGCCCUCACGUAUCUCGGCUUCAAGGGUUAUGUGCUUGGCGGCCAAGCCCAAAAGAUCUACGAUAUGCUCAAGUCGCUCGUGACCUUCUCGCUCGAGUUUGGCGCGUACGUGACGCCCGCGGCGCUCGCGGAGGCCGGCAACCCCGAGUGUUCGAUCUGCUACGACGCCAUGCACACACCGGUCCAGCUCCGCUGCUCGCACAUGUUUUGCGAAGAGUGCGUCUGCGAGUGGUUUGACCGCGAGCGCAAUUGCCCGCUGUGCCGCGCCGACGUCGCAUCGCCCGCCAUUUCGUCGUCGUCUGUAUCCGAGACCAAGCCGCUGUACCUCGAUGGCGGCACGCCGUUGAUUCCGCAGUUUUUAUAA